CGCCCCCUCAUCAGCAGCUCAGCUAGCUACGUUUUGCCGCCAGAGGAACGGCAUUUUGUUACUUAUUUGCAUACCUGCUAGUCGUCCUCUGCAGCUAUAUAGCUGAAAGCGUGACCAAACUGGCGUGAAAAAAAUGCUGCACCUCUACACCAGCACGUCGGUUCCAGAGAGAACGCGCGGACAAACGAUGUCGGUCCAUCGCGGCUGUUCGCGGCUCCUGGCGUUACUACUGCUGUCAGAGUGUCUUCUGCGGGUUUCCGCCCACUACUUCACUCCAGUUGUGGUAAAGGUGAAGGACGUGACAAUAAGAGUGGACAAGGAAGGGCUGUGGGGGGAGUGGGAAGAGGAGAGGGGCUGGAAGGAGCAACAUCACGUCGUCAUCUCAAGCCCGACCAUAUCUCCACACACCCUGGAACAAUUAACACUGACUUCAGGGGCAAACGGGUUUCACAUCCCGAGCAGCGAAUUGAUUCGCUACGGCUUUAUUGAUAUGAAUGUGGUCACGUAUGGGAAUGACGGAGAGCUCUUCAAUGUAUCAAUCUACUUGGAGCAGGGGAGCGACACAACCGAUAACUCAUGGGGGGGACACUUGCCAGCCACACCCCGGCUACUGCUGGUCCUACUAGCUGUGGUCCUGUGCCUGGUGAUAGCAGCGCUACUGGCAGCAUGUGGUGGUGGCUGGGAGGAGGGAGGGUUGGGGGAGCGACUGAGGACAGCAUGGGACCAGAGGAAGGAGAGGUGGAGAGGAGGGAAGACAAGCGGCAGUGGUGUUGGCGGCGACGGACGGUACAUAAAACUUCUUGUGGGACUCAAACACGAACAGCUAGUACAAAAAGUCUGACACACGAAAUACGCACAUAAUAUACUCUAUGAUCCCCAGAUCUUUACGUGUACUAAUAUUCCAAUACGUACAUAUGUAUGUAUGUAUGUAUAUCCAGGGCAUCAAACAUGAUGAUUUUAAACACACUUUACAACUUCUGAGAUCUUUGCUGCAUAAUUAUUUGACAACCCUGAUAUGUAAUAUGGUAAAUAACUAUUUUUUUAC